AUGCUCCUCAAGAAGACAAAAGUUUAUUCUAAUAUUCUUAUUUCCUUGUUGUCAGUUCUGACAUCGGGCCACGAGAUAACGCAGCUGAAGGUGCCCCUGCACGCGGACCCGCGGCGCGCGGCGGAGCUCAGCUGCCACUUCCACAUGGACGACCAGAAACUGCACUCCGUCAAGUGGUACCGCGACCUGCACGAGAUCUUCCGAUACAAUCCCUCGCAGAAGACUCAGAUCCGCUUGUUCAACGUAACCGGCGUCAUGGUGCAAGGCGGGUCAUGCGAGCAGGAGUCGUGCGUGGUGCGCGUCAUGCCGCUGCCGCAGGCCACGCGGGCGGCCUACACCUGCGAGGUCUCCACCGAGGGACCCAUGUUCCAGAUCGCCAGGCAGACCAAACACAUGACUGUUGUUGCUAUGCCCGAAAAGGAUCCAAUUAUAAGUGGAGCACCGAAUUUGAUUCGGCCGGGGGAGCAAAUGCUGCUGAACUGUUCGACGGACUACUCGUUGCCGCCCUCAGACAUUAAUUGGUACAUCGACGACGUCAUACAAAAGCCCGAGGCGUGGCAGCACACGGAGCUGAGCGCGCCGCUGGCGGGCGGGCUGCGCGCGUCAUGGCGCGUGCUGCGCGUUCGCGUGCCCGCCGCCGCCAGCGGCGCGCUACGCGUGCGAUGCGAGUCCGUGCUGCAGGUGGAUCCGUCCGUGUUGCGCGAAGCCAGAGCCGUCGUCACCGUCUACUCGAGGACGGAACUCUCAAAAUACGUUUCUAAUAAAGGUGGAAAUUUCUACGUGAAUGCAAACGCAGUAAUAACCAUUUGGGUUUUUACUUUUAUAUCAACGUUAUGAGACUAAAUGAUAUAGAAUCCAUGUCGGGUGAUAUUAGCAAUAAAUGUAGAUGCAUCACUUUUUUUGGCGUUAAUAACUUUGCAACAUAAUAAUAUGGCCAUAGAACAAAAAACUGGUUCAGAAAGAAUGUAUAAAACCUAAUAAAAUUAACGAAAUGAUUAAAUGUAAACGAUCGUAACUGCUUAGUACCAAAGUACCUACCUAUCAAUGAAAAAAAAAAUAUUUUUUGUACAUUUUAUUCUAAACUAUAAAGAUCAGUGAAUAAGUACUUAAGUAAGUAUUACCUACUUUAAAUGUAUAUAUCACA